ACACAUUUAACAAAACAUAGCCUAAAGAGGCCUAUAUCGAAAAAACAACUAAUUAAAUUGAUACGCAAAGCCCGCGGUGGGUAUUGGCAUGAAAGCCAAUAAAUCUCAAUUAAGCUACAAGCUGUAAGACAGAAAACCGAAAUGACAACUUUAUAAUGGAAAGCGUAGCGGAUAUCAUUAAAUAUGGACAGGUAGGCCUACACGAAAAUCGCAGGCACAAUCGAAAUAGAUCUGGACAUGGUCUCAGCAACACUCUCAGAGCCAGAGAUUACAAAAUAAUCAAGAAAAUCGGAGAAGGGACGUUUUCCGAGGUGGUGAAAACUCAAAGCUUGAAAGAUGGGAAAUACUAUGCAUGUAAAACGAUGAAGCAGCCAAUAGACAGCUUGGAGCAGGCGAACAACAUGCGGGAGGUGCAGGCUAUGAAGAGGCUCAGCCCCCAUCCCAAUAUCAUUCAGUUGCACGAAAUUGUUUUCGAUGAAGAAACAGGAUCUCUGUCUUUGAUAUGUGAACUGAUGGAAAUGAACAUCUAUGAGUUAAUACGUGGGAGACAGUAUCCUUUACCAGAGAGUAAAGUCAAGCACUACAUGUACCAGCUGUGCAAGUCACUGGAUCACAUGCAUAGCAAUGGGAUCUUCCACCGAGACGUCAAGCCAGAAAACAUUCUGAUUAGGCAGGACGUCCUGAAGCUGGCGGACUUUGGCUCCUGCAGGAGCAUGUACUCCAAGCCCCCCCACACGGAGUACAUCUCCACCCGCUGGUACCGCGCGCCCGAGUGCCUGCUCACCGACGGGUACUACUCGCACAAGAUGGACAUGUGGAGCGCGGGGUGCGUCUUCUAUGAGAUCAUCAGCCUCAAUCCUCUGUUCCCAGGCUCCAACGAGCUGGAUCAAGUGUCCAAAAUCCACGACAUUCUGGGCACACCGGAACCCAGUCUCCUUCAGAAAUUUAAGCAGUCACGGGCGAUGCGUUUCGACUUCCCUCCCCGGAAGGGCUGUGGCAUCUCCCAGCUGAUCCCGCACUGCUCGUCCGUGAAUCUGUCGCUGCUCUACCAGAUGCUGGAGUACGACCCGGAGCAGCGCAUCGGCGCUAAGUCGGCGCUGCAGCACCCCUGCUUCCGAGAGCUGAGGUUGAUGGAGAAGAGAGUUUCAACUCUGCGGAGGACCGUAGAGGGGUCACAGACAACUGGGACUCCCAACUCUGUGGACCACCUGUGGCGCAUUGCAAGGCAGGGCCGAAGACAGCACGCUAAGCACGUCGCAGAGCCCCUUAUCAGACGCAACGCCCCCCUAUAUCCGGGUGAAUUGCCGAAGCUGAACAUGGUGCUCCCUCCGGCCAAACUCUCCUCAUACCCAAUCACCUCCCUCCCAGCUCUCACCAUCAGUCACCACGGAUCCCUCCCCACCAUCCCGCCCAAGAAAUGCCACUCGCAGCUGCCCAAGCCCAGAGAUGAGGCCCAUCGUCAGGGUUUCAAGGGCUACCACAUACCCCCCCUCCAGAGGAAGCGCGGGGGCUACUGAGCACCAGAGGAAGAGCACCGCCCCACACCUCUGGGGGAACUUACUACAAUCGCUGUCCCUAGCUGUGCAUUCUGACCAGUAACAUGAAUAAAAACAUUUUACAGCGUGACUAACCCUGGACCCUCCCCCUUAAAAGACUUUCAGAAGCAGUACCGGAGGAGAACUGCACCGGCAGGAGAGCACGCUUAAGUAAGUUUUCAGGGAGAAGUUUGUAGAUGCCCCAUGAACCACACAGGCAGUAAUUUCUAAUAGCAGAUCACAAAACGACCCCAAACCUAAUUAUGCCACCCAUAGGAUAGUCACUGGAACCUUGAACCUUGAACUGGAAUGAGCCUCAAGCAAUUAUGUUAACUUUUAAUCCAGCCAUGAGUCCAGUUGUUUUUAUACAACUAAUGUCUCUUAUUUGAGGUUUAAAAAGCAGGACUGUUUAAUUUAAAAUAAAUAAAGUUGUUAACCCAGAA